AUGCACUUCAUCACCCCUAGCGUAUUUCAAUAUGCCGCUGCAUUGCCGGAUCAUGUGCGGCUGAGUUUCGUCUGCAUGACUCUUAGCCAUCGAAUCAACCAAGCGAGCAAUAACUUCCAGAGCCGGAGCUUAACGAGGAGGUUCUACCACUGCCGCGGUCUUGUCAUCCGCUCUUUGAACGAGGACCUCACGCUGGACCAUCGACUUAAAGGCGAUGCCAUUAUUGCUGGUAUCGUAGGACUAUUGCUUCUUGAUAACACGACAUCGCCCGCUUCAGACCUGAGAAUGACAGGAUCUCACCUAGAAGAUGUGGAAGCUCUCGUGAAGCGGUAUGGGGAUCGAAAUUUCGCUUUUCAGAUGUGCCCCCCCUCCUUAUUCACCAAAAUUGUGGCGAUAAACCACCUACGCUGGCAAGCCACAACCGUUGAGGCAACUGAGUCGCAUGGCCUUUCAAAAAGGGCGUAUAACACACUAGAUUCAGUUGACAAGUUCUCUCCCGAAGAGUGGGCUGCAGCCAAACCAGCGUCGAGUAAAAAGUGGACAAUUAUUGGAAGAGCUUUCCAAGCAGCUGUGGCCUUAUAUUGCAUAUCUUCGCUUCAGAGCGUCUCGAUCCUACCCCACAGUCAGUCCCUGAGAGCUCGUUGCACAGCCCAUGGCCAACUUUUGUAUCUUCUGCUCAAAGAUGCGCUCGUGGACCCACCUCUUAAAAGAGCUAUGCUUUGGCCACUGGCUUUGCUCGGCAUGGAAGCAGUCACAGGAAGCGCAACGAUGCGUAAUUUCGUUAAGAACCAGCUGACAGAGUUGAGUCGCGAAUUCGGCACACAUGUCCCAUUGACGACGAGGGGUGUGCUUGAGCGGUUCUGGGAGUCAGGCGAGACGCGCUGGGAUUCUUGUUUCGACAAACCAUACAUCUGCGCAGCGCAAAUCGCGGUGGACUUCGGCGGGCUGGUGUGA